AUGGAUUUCCAGGUUGUGAUUCUCGCCGGCGGCUUCUCCAGUAAUCUUGUGCCCUUAGUCUCCAAGGAAGUCCCUAAGGCGCUGCUUCCCGUAGCUAAUCGUCCGGUGCUGUCCUACGUUUUGGAUCUGCUCGAGAGCAGUAAUCUCAAGGACCUGAUCGUCGUUGUUGAAGGAGAAGAUGCCGCUCUGAAAGUUGGUGGUUGGAUAUCUUCUGCUUGUGUUGAUCGUUUACAUGUUGAGGUUGCUGCUGUUGCUGAGAAUGUUGGAACCGGUGGAGCCCUCAGGGCAAUUGCACACCACUUGACUGCCAAAGACAUUUUGAUCCUAAGUGGAGACAUUGUUUCUGAUAUCUCUCCUGGUGCUGUCGCCGCCACUCAUAGAAGGCACGAUGCAUCAGUAACGGCAGUGCUCUGUGCUGAGCCAGUCAGUGGGCCAUCAGAAUCCGGGGGAGCUGGUGGGAAAGAUAAAACCAAAAAACCUGCUCGCUUAGAUAUCAUAGGACUUGAUUCCUCGAAACAGUUCUUGUUAUACAUCGCCAUAGAGGCUGAGAUAAAGAAAGAUACCCGUUUGAAGAAGAGCAUUCUCUGUGCCGCUGGAAAGAUGGAACUUCGAUCAGAUCUCAUGGAUUCUCAUAUAUAUGCAUUCAAGAGAUCAGUUCUGCAGGAAGUUCUGGAUCAAAAACCUGCUUUCCGGAGCCUAAAGCAGGAUGUGCUUCCAUAUCUUGUUCGUACGCAGCUGAGAUCAGAUGUCUUCUCUGAAGAAAAAACUGUAGAAGAAAAUGGAAAUGGGAACGGAAAGAAUAAUAUGCAGAGCAACGAGGUGGUUUUGUCUCAGAUUCUCUCCAACGCAUCAUUGCCAAGCUUUCAUCAAGUCUAUGAAUCAGGUCUGAAUAGCCGAAAAACCCACAAAUGCUGUGUUUAUAUAGCGGAUGAAAGUAAGUAUUGCAUCCGCUUGAAUAGCAUUCAAGCCUACAUGGACGUCAAUAGAGAUGUUAUUGGUGACGCAAACCACCUAUCUGGAUACUCGUUUUCUGCUCAACACAACAACAUUGUCCACCCAUCAGCUGUGCUUGGAUCGAAAACCACGGUUGGACAAAAUUGCAUGCUUGGAGAAGGCUCUCAAGUCGGUGAUAAAUGCAGUGUCAAAAGAUCUGUAAUUGGGAGGCAUUGCAGGAUAGGCUCCAAUGUGAAGGUGGUAAAUUCAGUUGUGAUGGACCAUGCGACAAUUGGAGAUGGAUGUUCAAUACAAGGCUCAGUCAUUUGCAGCAACGCUCAGCUUCAAGAACGUGUUUCUCUGAGAGAUUGCCAAGUGGAAGCAGGCUAUGUGGUUAACGGGGGUGAGCACAAGGGAGAGACCUUCGCCAGGAAAUGA